AUGUCUGACGCAACUGAAUCCACCUUCACCAACGGCGAGACCAAGCUCAUCAUCAGUAUCAUCAAGAACUUGACUGGUGAUCUUCAGUCAGACUGGGAAAAGGUUGCCGAAGAGAUGAACUACAAGGACGCCGGUGUCGCCCGCACCCGCUGGAACCAGACCCGCCGCAAGAAGAUCACCGGACCCGCCGGCACCACCAAGAAGACCGCAGCCAAGAAGGGCGGCAGAAAGGCCGCUACCAAGAAGGACACCGCCGACUCCGACGACGAGGUUGUGAAGCAGGAGGAAGAUGCCGAAGCCGAAGCCGACGAGGAAGAAGAAGAAAAGGUCACCAAGAAGCCUGUUGCUCCCAAGAGCAAGGGCAAAGGCAAGGCAUCCGCCAAGACCAAGAAGAACGACAGUGAUGAGGAGAGUGAUGAGGAGACCAAGCCCAUCGCAAAGAAGAAGGGUCGUCCUGCCAAGAAGACUGGUGGAAAGAACAACACCAACAAGCGCAAGGCUGCCGCUUCUUCUGAUGAGGAAGACGAGAAGGUCAUUGCCAGCAAGAAGGUCAAGACUGAGGAUGACGAGGAGUCUGAGGCUGCUGUUGGUGCUGAUGACAAGGAGGAGGAGGCUGAGCAGAGUGAGGUCUGA